AUGAUGGCGGCUGGAGCAGCAGGAGGAGGAGGAGGAGGAGGUGGUGGGGGUGGGAGUGGGAGUGAGCUGUCUGCCGCCUGGGCCACCGUGAGCACCGGCCUCGUGCCCCCGGAAGCCCUGGGCCUGGCGUCUCCCGGCCCCCGUGGGCGCCCGGAGGAGGAGGAGGAGGAGGAGGAGGAGGAGGCGCUGCGGGCGGCAGUUCAGGUCCUGCGACGCUACGAGCUGCACUGGGUGCUGGAGGACUGGUUCGCCGAGGUGCUGCAGACGGACCUGCAGGCCAGCAUCGCCCCGGCCUUCUGGGCCGCCGUGGGCCAGCACCGCGGGGGCCCCGGGGAGCCCCGGGCCGCCCUGGUCCUCCUGGCCGCCUUCGGGGGGCUGCGGGCCCGCCUGGACCCCUACCUGGCCAGCCUCGGCCUGCUGGAGCGCUGGGCCCAGGCCGGCCUGCUCCCGGGCGGCCCGCGGAGCCUGCGGGCCAGGGUGGGCACCGUCGUCCGCGCCGUCCUCUUCUUCUCCCCCAGCAAGACCUUCCAGGAGAUGAUCCGCCAGUUCUACGGCCGCGCCUUCAGGAUCUACAUGCGGCGGCGGGGCGGCGGGGAGGACCGCGGGCCCCCCGGCCCCGAGUGCGGAGGCUGCGGGAGCCCCGGCCCGCUCUGCUGGUGCCCCCUGGCCCUGCAGCAGUUUCGCCAGCUCGGCGAGAUCCUCCACAGGCUGGACCUGGUGGAGCGGGUCAGCGCCGACGCGGUCACCGUCAUCCUGCACCAGAUGCUGGAGGAGAGGAUGGAGCGCUGCUGUCGCGGGGAAUACGAGACGUCCUUCCUCAACGAGUUCCAAGAGUGGAUCGAGAAGGUGAUCGGCUGGCUGAGCCAGGUGUUCCUGCCCGAGGGGGCCGGCCCCGUGCCCGCCUCCGAGGCGGGCGGCAGCCUGAGGCGAUGGCGCUGCCACGUGCAGAGGUUCUUCUACCGCAUCUACGCCAGCCUGCGCAUCGAGGAGCUGUUCAGCAUCAUCCGCGAUUUUCCCGAAUCCAAGCCUGCCAUCGAGGAUCUGAAGUAUUGCCUGGAAAGGACCAGUCAGAGGCAACAGCUGCUCAGCUCCCUCAAGACGGCUCUCGAAACCCGCCUCCUCCAUCCAGGGGUGAACACGUCGGACAUCAUCACCCUCUACAUCUCCGCCAUCAAAGCCCUGCGGGAGCUGGACCCGUCCAUGGUCAUCCUGGAGGUGGCCUGCGAGCCCAUCCGCCGCUACCUCAGGACCCGGGAGGACACCGUGCGGCAGAUCGUGGCCGGCCUGACGGGCGACGCCGAGGGCUCGGGGGACCUGGCCCACGAGCUGGCCAAGGCCGACCCCGUCACCCUGGACAACGGCCAGGAGAGCGACGACGACCUCUCGGACCCCGAAGACUGGGUGCCCGACCCCGUGGACGCCGACCCAGGAAAGGCCAGCUCCAAGCGGCGGUCGUCGGACAUCGUCAGCCUGCUGGUCAGCAUCUACGGCAGCAAGGACCUCUUCGUCAACGAGUACCGCGCCCUCCUCGCCGACCGCCUGCUCCACCGCUUCAGCUACAGCGCCGACAGGGAAAUCCGCAACGUGGAGCUGCUGAAACUCCGUUUCGGGGAGGCCCAGAUGCACUAUUGUGAGGUCAUGCUGAAGGACAUGGCCGACUCCCGGCGCAUCAACGCCAACGUCCGCGACGAGGAGGAGAAGCUGUCCGAGGAAGAGCGGCCCGCCUUCCCGCUGAUGGCCGUCAUCCUGUCCAGCGAGUUCUGGCCGCCCCUCAAGGAGGAGAAGCUGGAACUCCCGGAGCAGAUCACAGAGGCCAUGGAGGCCUACUCCAAGAAGUACGAGAAGCUGAAGGCCAUGAGGACGCUCAGCUGGAAGCACCACCUGGGGCUGGUGACCCUGGACGUGAUGCUGGCCGAUCGCACCCUGUCCCUGUCGGUGUCGCCCGUCCACGCCGCCAUCCUGCUGCACUUCGAGAAGAAGGGCAGCUGGGCCCUGGAGGAGCUGAGCGAGGCGCUGAAGGUGCCCACGGCGUCCCUGCGGCGGAAGAUGGCCCUGUGGCUGCAGCAGGGCGUGCUCCGCGAGGACCCGGCGGGCACCUUCUCCGUGGUGGAGGAGGAGCCGCCGCGGGACCGGGCCGACAACGUGGUGCUCCUCGACAGCGACGAGGAGGGCGACUCCGCCAUGGCGUCCCAGGCCGACCAGAAGGAGGAAGAGUUGCAGCUCUUCUGGACGUACAUCCAGGCCAUGCUGACCAACCUGGAGAGCCUGACGCUGGAGCGGAUCCACAGCAUGCUCAAGAUGUUCGUCAUGACGGGGCCCGUGGUCGCCGAGAUCGACCUGCAGGAGCUGCAGGGCUUCCUGCAGAAGAAGGUGCGCGACCAGCACCUCAUCUUCUCCGGGGGCGUCUACCGGCUGCCCAAGAGCUGCGGCUAGGCCGGGCCGGACCCGCCCCGGCCGCCGACGGUGACUCUUCAGGCGCGAAACUGUGUUAAAUACCCUCCUUUUGUGCCCGAGGCAGGAAAACUCCGUCUUGCGUGUGUGUGGGGUGAGCGGUCCGUCGUCAGGGGUGACGGUCGUCGGGGUGACGCUCUGCGGCGGGUUGCGGGAGCAUCGGCCUGCCUUCCGGGUCGCCCCUCUGAGAAGAGUGGUUUCUAGUCACCCGAGUCACUCCUCUGACGGACAGAAGCGGUUUCCAGUCACCCGCGUCACUCCUCCGAGAGAAGUGGUUUCCAGUCACCCGAGUCACUCCUCCGAGAAAAGUCACCCGAAUCACUCCUCUGAGAAAAGUGGUAGCUCAGUCACCCGAAUCACUCCUCUGAGAGAAGUGGUAUCUAGUCACCUGAAUCACUCCUCUGAGAAAAGUGGUUUCUAGUCACCCGAGUUGCUCCUCCAAGAAAAGUAGUUUCUUGUCACCCAAAUCACUCCUCCGAGAAAAGUGGUUUCUAGUCACCCGAGUCGCUCCUCCGAGAAAAGUGGUUUCUAGUCACCCGAGUCGCUCUCUUCCGAGAAAAGUGGUUUCUAGUCACCCGAGUCGCUCCUCCGAGAAAAGUGGUUUCUAGUCACCCGAGUCGCUCCUCCGAGAAAAGUGGUUUCUAGUCACCCGAGUCGCUCCUCCGAGAAAAAUGGUUUCUAGUCACCUGAAUCACUUCUCUGAGAAAAGUGGUUUCCAGUCCCCCAAGUCACUCCUCCGAGAAAAGUGGUUUCUAGUCCCCCGAGUCACUCCUCUAAGAAAAGUGGUUUCUUGUCACUCAUCACUCCUCUGAGAAAAGUGGUUUCUAGUCACUCCGAGUCACUCCUCCGAGAACAGUAGGUUCUAGUCACCCGAAUCACUCCUCUGAGAAAAGUGGUUUCUCGUCACCCGAGUCGCUCCUCCGAGAAAAGUGGUUUCUAGUCACCUGAAUCACUCCUCUGAGAAAAGUGGUUUCCAGUCCCCCAAGUCACUCCUCGGAGAAAAGUGGUUUCUAGUCCCCCAAGUCACUCCUCGGAGAAAAGUGGUUUCAAGUCACUCCUCUGAGGAAAGUGGUUUCUAGUCACCCCAAAUCACUCCUCUGAGAAAAGUGGUUUCUAGUCCCUCAAGUCACUCUGAGUAAAGUGGUUUCCAGUCACCCGA